AUGCUGAGCUGCAAGGCAAAGCUUCGGAAUAUUUUCGCUGACGCUGUGACCGGACUUGAUGAGGCCAAGCUAGAUUUGACCUGGAACCUGGAUAUCUCCUCAGUCGAGUUGCGCAACUUUCUCCUCGUCUAUGGCAUGCGACGCUCGACAGGCCGCACAGCUGGCCUCUACCGCAAGCCAGUGUCUGGCCACUACGUGGUCUCUGAAGAGUCGACACCUGCCGGGGUCUGGGAAGUGGCGCAGGCCGCCCUGCAAGGUGGAACUGUUUGUGCGGACUUCGUGCUGACCUGCGACCAGGUGCUGGAACUGCGCUGCGCCGAGACGCAGGAGACGAGGCUACGUGAGGAGUCAACUGUCGACCAUCGACUUCGACUGGAGGCGGAGUGGUUCCCGGCUGAGGGCGACCACAGAGAAAUUCCGCCCAGAUUUGAUGAGCAGCGAGGAUGGUUGAUCACAGACCUGAAUGGCGCUGCCGAGCUCAACAACCCAGUGGCUCACAUCCAGGAAGUGGAGUGA